CGUAGUAACACCGAAAAUCCGAUAUAUCGAAGUCUCGGAUAUUGGAUUAGAACGAGACCAUGAAAAAAUUUCCAGAUAUCCCGAUUAUCACGUUGGCUGGAACAUUCUGCCUAACAAUUCUAAUUUUGCUUCUCGCCAAAACAGAUGCAUUAGAAGAAAAUUGUACAGACUUUCAGGGUGGAACUGUGAAGCAUGGAUUGCUCUACGUUCCAGGCCCUGCAGUCUGCAGUCUUUGUGUCUGUUAUCAUUCCGAACCUAUGUGGUGCCAAGCCAUUUAUUGCACGCCACCUUAUAGAUGUAAGAGGUUUCGAGUCGGUGAGAGAUGUUGCGAAUUUCAGUGCCUUGAUGGAGUGGAUACAGAUUGGACCGGUCCGGACCUCAUUAUAGCUAAUGAUUCAUCAAAACUCCAAGACCGAAGAUUCAUUUUACUAGUCCUCAUAUUUUCAAUUUUAAUGAAUAUCUAAUUGAUUCCGGAUGACUUUAAAAGGCAUUCAAUCUCAAAAACAAAAACUGAAGGGAAAGCCACUUCUCUGAAUCAGAACUGUCACUUCAAAAUAUAAAAUAAGAUACUUAAACAGGGUGGCCACUGGACCGAGAAAAGACAGAGCAUUUUUCAGGACCGGAAUAACCGGUAAUUUUUUAGUGGCCCUGGAAUGUUCUUUAAUUAUUGACAAAGAAACCUUCCAAGCUAUAUAAAAUGAUUAUUAGUUUCAAUGUCAACAGCAGCGCAUAAUAAAAUGCCCUUAAUUGUAAAAAAUUAUAUAAAAAUGUUUAUCGAGUAAGAAAAGCCAAUACGUU